UUGGAUAUUAAAAACUGAUUUUUUGAAAGCACGACACAAUGAACUUACAAGAAGAAUACGUAUCGGACUGCGAAAGCGAUGAGGAUUAUUAUGUCGAUUUGUUGACUUCAGGCAAGGGUAGUGAUGAGAGUGAAAGUGAUAUGUCGAACAAGUCUGAAAAAUACCCAGUCCUAAAAUCAAAGCAUACUGCAAAGGCAUUGCGGAAAACAAGGCAUUCUGACGGAGAUAAUAAGGAAUACAGGUCUAAGGAGUGUGACGACCUUCAUUCCGAAGAGGAGUCUGAAAAAUCGCGGUCGGAUGCUUUAUGGGCCGAUUUUCUUGGCGACGUGGUUACUAAAAGCGUAAUCAACAAAAAAACAGAUUAUACGGGGGGAAAUUCGGCAAGUGCCACCAAUACUUCGCAUGAGACUUGUAAUAAAUAUGAUAAAAACGCUACGGCAAUAAUAAAAACUACACAUCAAUACGGUACCAAAACCACUACGCCUUCUUCAGUUUCCAGACUCGGAAAAAUUAAACGACUGUCCUCUGAAAAAGGUAUCGGUACCAUGAUAAAUAAAUUUGAAAAGAAAAAGAAAUUGACAGUGCUUGAAAGGUCACAAUUGGAUUGGAAAAACUUUAAACAAGACGAAGGCAUAGACGAACUUCUGUGCUCGCAUAACAAAGGCAAGGACGGGUAUUUGGACCGUCAAGACUUUUUGGAGAGAACCGAUCUUCGGCAGUUUGAAAUUGAAAAGAAGUUGCGGCUGUCUCGCAGGCCAUACUAACGGCUUAACCAACGUCGACUUGUGUUUAUAAACUGGCAAAUUAGACGCUUUCGGAGCGCUCACUUCUUUAAAUAACGAAAAUACAUUAAAUUAUGUUCAAUAACAAAAUAAAAAAAUGGUUCUUUCACCAAUUCAAUCAAAA